AUGGCUUGUAAAAGUGGAGGAAAUGGAUUUUCACAAAUGGAAGAAUUAAUUAUGCUUCCAUAUUCGUUUCGAACCAGUGGAAGAGCACAAACGUGUUCGACGAUAUUUUGGCUUAACUAUGGCGCCACCUCUUUGCUAUUAGUCGGAGCAAGUUUAAUGGUUACGAUAAAACAGUUCGGUGGACGUCCGAUAGAGUGCAUGGUUGACAAAGAAUUAAACGGAGAAGUAGUGAAUAAUUAUUGUUGGAUACAUUCGACAUUUUCAUCGUGGAAAAUUUUUGAUAAUUUUAACGAAAGCGAUUCGGUCGAAACGGGGGAUGAUAAUGAUGAUAAAUCAAAUUCGAAUAAGUUUAUUUUCAUGUUGGAAAACGAUCGUUUUAAAUUAUACAAUUCGAAACAGAUAAAUGAGGAUAACAUGAAUCCAUUGUCAAGGUAUUCUGAUAGAUUUUGGCACAGUCAUGGACCUUAUCCUGGAGUGGAUACCAUCACCGAUGAUAGUUUUUUAAGAUAUCAUAAAUACGUACAAUGGGUUGCUGGAAUUUUAGUUAUCCAGGUAAGACACAUUUACAAUUUCUUUCAUUUUACGACGAUGAAAUUACCUUGGGAAAAUUUGGAAAAACACCGACAACCGUCAUCGCCUCCCCUUUUUUUAAAAUUAAACCUAUAA